AUGACCGUUGCACUGUGGUACUGCCCGCUACAGGGUUCGCUGGAAUACGAGAUUCUGAGCCAGUUGAUUGCGUCUUUGCAGUCGCUGUUCCCUGGUUCGCCCGCGUUUGAACCACAUAUAACUUUGAAUACACGACUGGAGUGCCGCACGGAGGACAAUGCCAAUCAGGUACUCACGUCGUGCGUUGCCGCUAUACACUCGGUCAAGUCGCAGUUGAAAUUGAAACCAGGGCAGGACCCGCUGGUCUCCUUUAAAAGCUGCUACGUCGGGAAAAGGUACUUCAAGAAAGUGGCACUAGAGUGCAGGAAAAACAAGAUCCUUAUGAGUAUCCAUCAGAUCAUCAAUGAGCUCUAUGUGCCCAAUCCGAACCCGACGACCGCUUUUGACCCGCACCUGUCCCUGCUUUACUCCGACGUAACCCCAAUAAGUAAAGCGUUUCUGCGAAUUGUGCUGCAAAGAAUAGAGGAUAUACUGGACGUCAAUCUGGAAGAGGACCCCGCCACUGCCAACACGAAUUUGGACGAUAUCCAGGUGAAAUGGAAUUUUGACACAUCGCCGACUAAUAUCGCUUGGAACGUCCCGGGAUCCUUUAAGAUCGUGAGAUGUGAGGGUCCAGUAGACGAGUGGGAAGUCCUAGGACAGACUACCAUUUAG